UACAAGACAACCUUGACGGGUGUAGAGAUAGUGGAUGAAGGAGAAAAGGACAGUGAUGGAAAUGUGCUACAGGCGAGCCACGAGCGGUGCGAUGAAUGCGGUGGAAAGAUAGUAUGGGCGACGAAGGGGGAGUACCUCAUGAUUUGUGGGGAAUGCGGAGAGCCGCAGUGA